AUGAGCGUGGGCGAUCGCCGCAGCGCCAGCCCCAGCAGCAACGUUCCCCUCGGCGUCGCUCUCCUGGUCAACGCGAGCUUCGCCGCCACGGAGCUGGCGAUCAGCUGUCGCCUGCGAGCCCCCGCUCUCCCCGUCACCGAUCUCCCCAAGAUCGGGCAGCCCUGCGCUCACCGCGAGCGCGAUCCCCCGCGCAGCGCUCUCCGCGUCGAUCUCCGGCGAGGCGGGGGAGGGGUUCUCCUGGGCGACGAUGGGAUUCUGGGCGCCGCGAGCAAUCCCCCCCGCGUCCGCACUCGGCGGGCUCUGGUGGCCGUCGGGGUCGGCGGAAUGGAGCGGGUCGCGGCGGAGCUGGUCGCGGGCAGGAUCCUGCGGUUGCCCUUCUCGGGAGGCCGACUUCCGGGGCGGGAGACAGCAUAUCAGCGUGAGGCUCCGAUUGCACCUCCCCCCACUCGCGCGGGGAGAGACCCCAUGCUGACCAUGUGCCGGACGCUGAAUCUUGCGGAGGCGUGCGAGGUGGUGGCGAACCUGCAGAUGGCGGUGUGUGGGGCCAUGCGAAACUCUUCGGGCAGUUUCGCUCCAGGUCCCCGAGGAUCGUGCGCGACCUGGGCAGAAGCCCUCGCCCCGAUAUUGGCGCCCGUGUCGGAAGCGCCCGCCGGGGUAGCGCCCUUAGCGCGUACCUUCCCCCGCCAUGUGGAGGAUCUUCUUGUGGCCGCCCAGGAGGGGACCCCGGUGCGCACGCUUCAGUCGUCGGCGCAGGUCCUUCUGGCGGUGUCGACGUGCAUGCGUUCGAUGCUUGAGGUGGAGGGGGCAGAGCCGUACACGAUGUAG